UGUAUCCCUUGGACACCGAUCACCGAUCAACGGAAAGAGCCGAAGAUGGCGGCUCUGUCAUUGUGCCUUGAUGAUCAGUGUAGCCCCAUCACUGCCACCUGUCAGUGCCCAUCAAUGCCAGCUGUCAGUGCCCAUCUGAGCUGCCUUUCAGUGCCACCUAUCAGUGCCCGUCAGUGCCAAUUAUGAGUGCUGCGUUUCAGUGUCACCUAUCAGUGUCCGUCAGCGCCAUAUAUGAGUGCUGCCUUUCAGUGCCCAUCCGUGAUGCCUGUCAAUGCCCAUCAGUGCCACCUACCAGUGCCUUAUCAGUGCCCAUCACUGCAGCCUCAUUAGCGCACAUCAGUGAAGGAGAGAAAUCACUUACUUACAAAAUUUUAUAA